AUCUCACUAUAAGUUUAAGCGUAGACAUGUUUGAUACUUCUCACUAUCCAUUCAACUGUUUCAACUAUGAUGGAGACGCGUACGCUUCCUGUAGUACGGAGCAGGAGAAGAAGAUGUGUCGGCCCGCCUACAGCUACAUUGCCCUGAUCGCCAUGGCGAUCCAGCAGAGUGCCGAGCAGCGGGUCACGCUCUCAGGCAUCUAUGAGUUUAUCAUGAGGAGGUUCCCGUACUACCGCUCCAACCAGAGAGCCUGGCAGAACUCCAUCAGACAUAACCUAUCGCUCAACAGCUGCUUCAUCAAGGUUCCCAGGUCGGAGGGAAACGAGAAGGGAAAAGGAAACUUUUGGACUUUUGCCGCGGGAUGCGAAUCCAUGCUCGACCUCUUCGAAAACGGCAACUUCCGCCGUCGCCGGCGCAGGCGGAACAUCAAAAUCGGCCUUCGUGAUCCGGGAGAGGCUCCGCUCCGGCCCGCUGAGAGUCCCGGCGAGGAGCUCGCGCCGGCGGUCCGCCGCCCCGAGGCGGACUCUGCCCUUUGCCCUUUAAACCCCGAGAGGCCCCAGCCGUCCCCCACGCCCAACCCCCCCGCCCCAAAACCGGAGUCGGAGAUCAAGUUCAGCAUUGACUACAUCCUGUCUACCCCGGACCCGCCCGCGCCUGGGAUCAGAUCCUCCCACAUAGGCCCUGUGCACAUAGCCCCGCCGGGACCACCCAUACAUAUUGUGGACCGCCAGCACCUGAACCUGCACUUCUGGACCCUGUGA